GCUCGCAGUUUUGUGAAAAUCCAGCAAACGCAAUUCAGUUUUGCUUUCAAAAAUUCAUUUCAGUUCGCAACGAAGCGAGAAAGUGAACAGACGUUGUUUCAAUUGCUCAUCGCAGUUAACGUUGGGCAGUGUAAAGUGAAAGAUUGAAAAAAAUAAAUAAGAAAUUAUUUUGUGAAACUUUUUAGUGUGCAACUCAACCAAAAAAACUAAAUAAAUACAAUGGCUUCCGUUAAGGAUAAUCUUAUGUCGCAAGUUGCCGAAGUCUUGCCUUCAAGUGGCAAUAAAAUCACCAUUGUUGGCAUCGGUCAAGUAGGCAUGGCUUGCGCCUUCAGUAUUCUCGCACAAAAUGUCUCAAACGAAAUUUGUCUUAUGGAUGUCUUCGCCGAUAAACUUAUGGGUGAAAUGUUGGAUUUACAACACGGAUCCAAUUUCUUGAAGAAUCCAAAAAUCACCGCCAGCACUGACUUUGCUGCAUCGGUUGGUUCACGUUUGUGCAUUGUAACCGCUGGUGUACGUCAAAAGGAGGGCGAAUCACGUCUCUCAUUGGUGCAACGUAACACAGAUAUUUUGAAGAAUAUCAUUCCAAAGUUGGUUGAAUACAGCCCUGACACCAUUUUGAUGAUGGUCUCAAAUCCCGUCGAUAUUAUGACUUAUGUUGCCUGGAAAUUGUCUGGCUUGCCAAAGAAUCGUGUCAUUGGCAGUGGCACCAAUUUGGAUUCAUCUCGUUUCCGUUUCUUAAUGUCACAACGUUUAAAUGUUGCACCCACAUCUUGCCACGGCUGGAUUAUUGGUGAGCACGGUGAUAGCUCAGUGCCAGUCUGGUCCGGUGUUAACAUUGCUGGUGUACGCUUGCGUGAAUUGAACCCCAAUAUUGGUAGUGUUGAAGAUCCAGAGAAGUGGAAUGAAGUACACAAACAAGUUGUUGACUCGGCCUAUGAAGUUAUCAGGUUGAAGGGUUAUACCUCAUGGGCUAUUGGUUUGAGUGUCGCUGCAUUGGCUUCUUCAAUCCUAAGAAAUAGCAGCAGUGUUGUCGCUGUAUCCACUUCUGUUAUGGGCGAACAUGGCAUUGAUAAGGAUGUCUUCUUGUCCUUACCUUGUGUCUUGAACUCCAAUGGUGUUACUUCUAUUGUCAAGCAAAUUUUGACUCAAACUGAAGUCGACCAAUUGCAGAAAUCGGCCAAUAUUAUGUCCGAAGUACAAAAUGGACUUCAAUUUUAAGUUUUAAGAGUAAUAAAUUUCACAACUAAAGAAUCCUUAUAAAGUAAAAAUAAAAUUGGUUUAAAAUUUAUUUCAAUUUACACACAAACGUGCUAGAUUUGCAUGUCCUUAGUUUGUUAAGAAAUUAAAGUUGAAACAGUGAAAUAAAUU